AUGUCCCUGGACGUCCUGCGCGUCUUGUCAUUGAUAUCGUUCCUCUGGACCUUUACGACGUUCUUCCACUAUCGGUGCUCUCCUGCUAUCUUCUUUUCAUUGUUCUUGGCCCUUGUCGUACCCCGCGGCGUUCUCGCGCACAACCCACCGGUGAACAAAUCUAGUACCGGGGCGGGGAACUCCUUUCUCGAGAAUGGAACACCCGCGGGCGAUAUCCGAGACGUUCGAUACUCAGAGAAAGAUACGGAUUGUUGGUGGACGUACUCAAAAUGCGUCUCGCCGAAGCAUGAAGGAUUGCCAAAUGACAUCGCAGAUGUCCCGGAGAGUCAGAACCAGCAAGCUACAAUGUUCUAUAUUGGAAGCAACGUCAUGGACUGGCCACUGGAAGCACAGAGAGCGGUGUCCGAUGAUACCUGGUCUCAUCGCUACACAGCAGGGAUGCAUUCGCAGAGCUCUAUUAUAAUGCAAGCCAUCAAGCUUGUGGCUGGAGUAACGCCCACCUGUUGGAGGCCGCCCUUUGGAGACGUCGAUGACCGGAUUCGUGCCAUUGCUAACGGCCUAGGCCUCAGGACUAUUCUGUGGAAAUAUGAUACCAACGAUUGGAGAGUCGGGAUGCCAGAUCCAGAUGCGAUCUCCAUUGGCCAAGUUGACGCCAACUAUGAAGCCUUGCUUGCAGAGGCUGAGAAGGGGACCUUUUCGGGGUCGGGCGCCAUCCUAUUGGCACACGAACUGAAUAACUUCACCAUGUCAGAAGCAGUGAAAUAUUAUCAGAAACUCAAAUCGAAAUUCCAAAAUAUCGUUCCGCUCGCGGUGGCUUUGAAUAAGACGCAGCCUUACGUUGAGGAUGACUUUGUCCUUCCCAGUUUCGCAGAUCAUAUCUCGAAAGGCAUUCCAAAUGCUUCUAAUGAUGACCCUUCCAGAAGUUCAUUUGCCCAAGCGACGUCACUUCCUUCCCCCGUCCCAGACGUUGACGGUUUCUACUCCGCGUCAAACGUCGACGAGAUUCAUUCACAGGAUCCGGAGCUGGAAAUCUCUUCCAUGUCUUCCCCGUUGAGUCUGGGAUUUCUUUCUCCUGCCUCGUGGCGUUUCACUGUUUUUGUAGGGGUGUUAUCGGUCCUGCAUCGACGCCACUGGUCAGUGGUUAAUGAGGUCGCCAGCAACGAUCCAGCAAGACGGUCAUCACCCUCCUUGCCGGCCCCAGGCCACAGUAGACUUCGAAUCGCCAACCGUCAAGGGGUCGGCGCACUCGUUCCAUCUUCCGGUCUAGGGGCCCCUUCCCUGGAUGCAAACUGCUGCGGACUGCCGAUUCGACUUCGCCGUCCGACAAGCUAUCGACUGCGACUGCGAUACAAUGUGGAGUUGACACCGCUCACCCUCAUGCCCGCCUCUGAGGGAAAACAAUACCUGAAUACGCUGCGCCCUGGCGAAUUUUACCGUCCCGCUCCCCGCCGCUGCUGCUAA